AUGCACACCCUUGCCCUCCUCUCCCUCCUCACAACAACUCUCACCGUCACGCUCACCCACGCUAUCCCCCUCGCCAACACCGGCCCAAGCUCAACACCCUCCUCCUCCGCCGCCCUCGCCACCCCAACCCUCACAGGCCCCAACAUCUGCCCCGGCAAAAGAUCCAAACAGUGCUGCACAUCCCUCAGCCAGCUGCAAACCAGCCUCCUCGACCCCGUCGGCAAUGUCAUCCCGCUCCUCAGCGGAAUGCAGCUGACCUCGUUGAUCGGAUUGUCAUGCCGCACCAUGUCCGACGAACAUACCAAAACCGACUGCGCAGACGCGCUGAUGUGCUGUGACGCCGCCGGGGAAGUGGGCGCGUCGAAUAUCCUGCAGACCAAAUGCGAGGAAUUCGAUCUUGCCAAGGCGAAGGAAAUUGCGGCGGUGGAGCGCGCGCAGGGCCAGCCGUCGUCUGCGGCGAGGAUGUUUGGGGCUUCGUCGUCGUCGGUGGUGCUGGGGUCCGGGUCGGGGUCAGGGCCGGCGGCGACGCCGACGCCGACAAGGCGUUGA